AUGGACGACCAGACCACAAAGGAAUUGCUCGGAAUCCAGCGACAACUCACUUCCAUCGUCACACGCAAGCGCCAGAGAGGAGACGAAGAAGACUUGGAACGAAAAGUCAAAGAACUCGAACGUCGGCUCAAGGAUUCCUUCAAGAGGUCGCAGAGAAUGAGCACAGUCCACAAGCAGCUCAAACUGAAGCAUGGAAAACUUCAGAAGCGCCUUGAAGAGCAGGAAGAAGCAGCAAGCACAACGAUUGAAGGAUGGCAAGAAGAAGUGUACGAGUUGAGGGACAAGAAUGAUAAGCUCAUUCUCAAGCUGCGCAAACUGGAAGAGCGCGAGCUGGCUUCAAAGAACGUACUUCCGGUACUGAAGACGAAGUUGGAUGAGGCGCUCAAAGUCAUCACGGAGCUGGAAAAGUAG